AUGUUUGGGAAUAAUCUCUAUGACUUUUUCUCUUUAUAUUUAAAAUUUAUAUGUAUAGCAUACUUCAUACAGUUUCUAACGUUAGUACCGAUUGUUGAUGCGGAAUGGGUAUCAACUUAUGAUGUCUCGCCUUUUAAAAGGUUUCUUCCUGAUUACCGCUUCCCAGUUUGCUCUAUUUAUGAAGAUAAUAAAUGUGAUGCAACAAAUAAUGAUACGAGAUCUAGAGUGAGAAGUCCUAAAUUGAACGGUGAAACAGGACAAUCAAUAGAAAAUGCGGCGAAGAAUAUUGUAAAAUACGAAUCUACAUUCUUUUUGGAGAAUACAGAAGCAGGAAUUGAUGCGAUUCCAUCUGCACAAGAAGCUGAUUUAACCAUUCCUUUUUCUAGUGAGCAACCUCCAAUCGUUACAUUUGAUGAAUGGACUAAAGAAAAGUUAAAAAAAGAAGAGAUUAGGAAAGCUGAACAACAGCAGAAUAACCAGCAUAAAGCGGCUGUACACUCGGAUAUUGGUGAGACUUUGAACAUGGAUUCCAGUUCAAUUUCUACAUCAAAAACUGAAGGUACAGCAGGACUUACGCCGCCAAAUAUGAUUUCUCAGGAGGCUACAGCAAGGAACUAUGCUUCGAAAGAAUGUGGUGCUAAAGUUUUGUUCAGCAAUGAUGAGGCUGAAAAUAAGAAUGCCAUAUUGAAUGAGAAAGAAGCGGAUGAUUAUAUGCGUAAUCCUUGUGAACGUGCAGAGCAUAAAUGGCUUAUUAUUGAACUUUGUGAAACUAUACAGCCAACUGUUUUGGAAAUAGCAAAUUUCGAAUUAUUCUCAUCAGGGCCGCAAAAUAUAAGAAUUUUGGGCAGUGAACGUUAUCCUUCAAAUGAAUGGAUGGCUUUAGGUGAUUUUGUUGUUGAAAACAAUCGUGAAAUACAACGGUUUUCAAUCACUGCGCGUUCGUAUGUCAAAUUUUUGCGGUUGGAAUUAUUGUCACACUAUGGUCGCGAACAUUACUGUACGCUUAGUUUAGUGCGACUUCUUGGGAUUUCAAUGGUUGAUGAAUAUGAAGCAGAGGCUGAAGCUGCCGCAAUUUCAGACACAUCGUUUUCUGUUCCCUUUGAAGUAUUAGCAGAAAACAAUGUAACAGCGGGGAAGACGGAUAUUGGUAUCCCAACUAAUACCGCAAAAGAGGAUGUUCCAUUAGCGGCUGAAACAGUCGAGAAGAAUGAAAGUGUUAACGAUUUGCCGCUUGUUAAUGCUGUGGUGAAUGCAGUUGGCAGUAUAGGAAUUGGUAAUAUCAAAGGUGUUCUCGAAUCGACUUUUCUAUCGAAACGUACUGGAGUUUCUUCACAUAAUAUUACCAGAAUCAAUAUAACCAUGGUAGAAUUAUGCACGAAAUGUUCUCCCGACACAAUCAGUAAUUACGUUUUGUUUUGUCGAGCAUUCUUUGGACUUCAAUAUAGUUUUAUUGGCACUGGCAAUAUUAAUGAAGCAAAAAAUAAGCAGGUUCGUAUUCCAUCUUUAAAAAAUCAGAAGAAAGAAAAUCGAACGCGAGUUCUAGAAUUUUUCCUUUCUUCCGUUUUGCCAACCGAUAUUUGUGAGCUGGAAUCAGAAAAUUUUAAAAAUGUCACUUCAUAUAAUGUAACAGAAUCGGAUAGUAUCUCAACAAUAUCACCUACCAUAAAUUCACCGAUGACUUCAAAUUCGUUGAAUGGAAAGUUGGGCAGAGGAUUUAUGAUUCCUGGAGGAGUUAUGAGUCAUAAAGAGUCGAUAUUUCUGAAACUGAAUAAACGAAUCAGUAGUUUGGAAUUGAAUAUGUCUCUCAGCAGUGAAUAUCUGUCGGAACUGAGUCGACGUUAUGUUUUACAAACUAAUGAAAGUCGGCGACAGGCUGAAUUAAUUAUUAAACAAGCGGAAGAAGCAGCUAUUAAUGCCAUCAGACCUUCCAUUAAUGCUCUAAAAAUUCAGAUGGAUGCUCUUGCAGCCAGCUUGAGAGAACUCAGUGAAACAGUCAGAGCUUUACCACAGGAAAUUACUCCAGCACAUCAUACUAUGAUAAUGAAGCAUGUCGCAGGUAGAACUAAUGAUGCGGAUGUAUCAUUAGCACCUUCUCAAGCACAUUUCUAUGGUUAUCUUGGCGUAUGGACGAGUGGUGAGCUGGUUUGUAUCAUUGUUUUUAUAAACAUCUUAACCUUACUCAUCCUAUUGUUAUUACACUAUGCUUUUACCAUUAUUAAUCGCAGUGCUGCUGGACAGAUAAUGGAUGAGCAGCUUCAGAAAUUUAUUCAAGAUAAUUCCGAUGUUCGAUCAACCGUGAAUGCAUUUCCUGAGCAACAGCUGGUAGAGGAAGUCACAUCUUUAACUUGUGACGUGGAUAACGUUGUUCAGGUUGAAGUUUUGCGCGACUCUUCGUUGCCACCGCCUAAUAAGGCGUGUUUGCUAACGGAAAACGAAACAAAAGAAGAGAAUCUUCCUAAUAUGCCAGGGUUAAUGGAAUUGAUUGAUCGACCACCGUCUCAACUUUCAACACGUAGUGAACAGAAUCCGUGGCAAACAAGGAAGCGGAAAAAUAAAAAACGCAAGAGAAAUCGCAAAAGUGAAAAUUUAGAUGAACCAUUGUAUGGUUUCAGAGUUCUAGCAAAUUUAAGGGUUGAGUAG